GUAAAGGGGAGCAGCAGACUCUAAUUUCCUCCAAAGGACCCCAUUUCACUCCAGGUGGGGCUUUCAAUGGAGGAAUUACAGGAUCUCACAGCACUAGAGAACCUUUGCUUGGCCGCCCAGCCAUGCUAUUCAGCAAUUCCACUGGACUAGGGUUAUCUACGAUUGGGGGAAAAGUUAUUGAGGGCACACCGACCAACAUGGCAACACCGAGAGCUACCUCCUUUAGCGAAAUGCAUGCUUUCAACUCUCAUCGGAUUCCCGGUAGCGAGCCAAUUGGAACUAAGCCAAUGGAAACAUCCACAGUCAAGCUUUUUGGUAGCCCAAUGAACAUGUCCCCUCCUCAUCACAACAAAAUGAAUCAGCCUAUGUAGAGCAAGGCACAGACGUUGCUGAAGCCAACAGACACGGUGCUGUCAGAGUUGCAGAUCUCAGUCGCGACAUACGCAUUCAAUCCGCAAGGAGAAGCCAUGGAGGACUUGGUCAAGUUCGAGGAUUGCGUCCUCAAGAGACACCACAUCACGACACUGCGCCCAGGUCAGAUUCCGGAUGACAAAAUAUUUGUGGGAUUUGCAAUGAAAGUUACCUUAUCCAACCAACUCUAAGAUGCACCAACGUUUUGGUGUCUACCUCUGUCUUUUGCGGCUGACAUUCAAGAGGGCAAGGACACGCACCAACUCUUACAGAAAUAUAAGGACCCAUGGAUGAAGGGAUCAUCAACUUUGAAUUAUGCGUAUAUCCCCUUGAGGGAGCCAACAAGACACUGGUAUCUGAUGGUAAUUGGAUUCAGAGAGCGCAUUCUAUACCAUUUGGAUGCUUCAAUGACCGAAGAAGAGAGCAUUAGAAGAAAAGCCGUCAUUCGAUUUGUGGGGAAUGAGGUCUCUUGUAUAAUUGCGGCACCACACUUUCCACUUGAAUUCUUGAAGACUGCUGGAGGAGUUAUAUGCUUUGGGAUAUCAGAUGCUAGCGGAUUACCAUCAUUUCAAACUCGUGCAGCCUCUGAGAUUUGGGUACUGAAUUGGAUGGCAAUGGGAGGUGCUUUCCAGCACAAUCUUCAUCCCCAGAUGAAUGACAGCAUGGUCAGAAUGCAUACUGUGCUAGGCCUCUUGAUGUCUCCUUUUAAUGAGAGUACGGAAUGGAUGAAGAAGAAUGAAUCAACAGUUUGAGUUUAUGCAACUGGAAGGCUUAAUGCGAGUAUUAUUGUAUGUUAAGUAGUAUCGUCAUUCUUUAUUUGGCUUUGAAGACUAUGUUUGUUGUCAUCGUUUUGUUGAAUUUGGAGGCUAUGUUUAUAGCUAUUUACAACCAGUAUGAAUCGUAUGUUAAGUACUCUAUAGUCGUUUAUCCCUAUGAAUUAUGAUGCAUUAAGUCAAUUGUCAGCUA